AUGAAUGGGUUCAGUCGAGCAGGAAAAGUGAAGGAGGCAUUGACUAUUCUGGAUGAGAUGAGGGGCCGGGGGAUGAAGCCCAAUCUUUAUACUUUUAAUUGUUUGAUAUAUAAUCUUGGAAUUGCUGGGAAGGCUGAGGAAGCUGAGAAUAUUUACAAGGAGCUGAAGCUAAUGGGUAUUAAGCCCGAUGUAUUUACGUAUAAUGCUCUGAUUAGAGCGUAUAGCACGUGUGGGGACAUGGAUCGUGCGUACGCAAUGUACAAGGAGAUGAUGGUCAGGGGUUGUAAUCCUAAUUCUGAGACCUUUCCUCAACUUCCAAACUGA